UAUAGAACCAUUUCAUGCUCAAAUGGUUCUUUGCAUGUGGAAAUGGUUCUUCACAUUGAUGGAGAUGUCCUUUACUAAAGAUCCCUUGAAGAACCAUCUCAGUCUGUGCCAUGGCAGGGAAGGAAGAAGUGGACAGUGACCGUGUGGUCAAACAUAGGGAUUAAAACAGUGCCUUUUGCCUUUCAUUGUACAUUUUUCCACUGUCCAGCCUCACUGCUAAUAGAUUGGGGGCAUUCCCUGGUCAUAGGUUGGCAAAUGACGUUGCUCUGACGCAGCCAUGACUGGCCUUAUGUUUUUCCCCCUUCUUACGUCGUUUCUCGAAUGUCCCAACCCCACAUGGUUCGUAUUUCGUGUCAGUAUUAAACUUAUUACUAAUUCAUGACCAGAAAGGGACGCAUAUUGUCAGGACGAAUUGUUUGUGGCCAUCUCUGCCCCAUAUGUCAGUAGUAAUUUCAUAAAAAAAUCUCACGCCCUCGAGCUUUUUUGUUGACACCUUCUUUUCAAGCGUUUCCGAGCGUUAAGCUUGCGGCGAAGCUCCGCCCACCGCGUCACGCACGUCUAAUGAAUAUUCAUAGGAAAACUCAACGGAGGUUUUUCGUUGCGUUUUUUUCGCUUUUUUGACGACGACGGAGCGCGUGAGCGCGGUCGGAAUGGUAGCAAGAUGGCGGCGUUGAAGGAGGAGCAGUGUUACGGACUGUCCUGCGGGAGAGUGAGCAACGGCAGCAAUGUCUCCGUCUUUCACGUCAAACUCACUGACAGCGCGCUGAGAGCGUUUGAAGACUACCGGAGCAGCAAGGGCGUGUCUGCUCAACCACUAAUAAGAUUCACUGGAAAUCAAGGGAAAAUCUCGAUACCACGGUCGGAAAAUCCAAAUGAACUGCGAACGUUUACGUUCUACUUGUCCAAUGUGGGGAGGGAUAACCCCCAUUUUGACUGUGUACAGCAGUAUAUUACAAGUGAAGGGAGCAUACAGCUGGACUGCCUGGGAGGGAUCCAGGACAAAAUCACAGUAUGUGCCACCGAUGACUCCUACCAGAAGGCCAGGCAGAGCAUGGCUCAGGCUGAGGAGGAGACGCGUAGUCGGUCCGCAAUCGUCAUCAAGGCUGGUGGCAGAUAUGUGGGCAGGCGGGUCCAGAUCCGGAAACCGGCGGUGACCCAAUCAGAUGUGGCCCCAUCGCGGCGCACCUCACGUCCUGUGAUCAUCUCCAGCAGUAUGAAAAAGAGCACUGCACCACCAAGGCCGCUGAGGGAACGCCUGUUGCACCUGCUAGCCCUCAAGCCCUACCGUAAGCCUGAGCUGCUGGUCCGCCUCACCAAGGACGGCCUCUCGGUCCAGGACAAAGAUACGCUGGACAGCCUCCUGCAACAGGUGGCUAACCUGAAUAGCAAAGACAACACCUUCACGUUGAAAGACAGUUUGUUUAAGGAAGUGCAGAAGGAUUGGCCUGGAUACACCGAGGUAGACCAGCAGAUUCUGAAGAGGAUUCUUGUACGGAAACUGUGCAAGGCUCAGAGCAGUGCUCCAGCCCCUGGGGAGAGUCCAGUCAGCCCGCACAAAGAGCAGGCCAGCAGCUCUCCAUCCCAGAAAAGGUCUGCUGCAGACUUCAUCGACCCUCUGGCCAACAAGAAGCCCAGAAUAUCGCAUCUAACCAGCAAGGGUGUGCCGCCCAUAAACGGAAAGUUGAGUUCUUCCAACGGGAAGGACUCAUCCAGCUCUCAGGCAGCGGCAGAGAGCUGUUCCAGCGUACAGCUUCCGCUGCUGGACAUCUCUCGGCCCUUCGAUCCUCUGUCAGAUGUCAGCAAUGACUCCAGCCACAACGGCCGGGAUUGUGAAGGUCAGGAGGCAGCAGUGGCCGAGAGAUUGAGCCACCCGCCCACAUUCACAGGGAACUCUGGGCAGCCAUUGGUAGGACCGGGCUCUACAUCCCCAGUCGCCAGCAGCCAGGAGGGUUCUCAGGGCCGGACCAUCUCGCCCUCCCUACAUGGCAAGUCCAAGAAGAAGUCCAAAAAACACAAGGAUAAAGACAAGUCCAAGGAGAGAGACAGGGAAAGAGAGAGAACGCUGAAGAAGGAGAGGAAAGGAGGGGAGGACAGCAGCUCGGAGCCAAGGAAAUCCUGUGAGGUCACCGCAAGUCCGGACCUGAGCAGUAGCAGCGUUCCACAUAAAAGCACGGGUGCGUUUCACCACUCAAGCUUAAACUUUGUGGUGUCAGAUCUGAAUGGAAUGUGCGACAGCUCCAGCAUUUCUGCGUCUUCAUCCGAGAUGGCAGACUAUUUAUUAAAAUACACUGAGAUUGGCUCACAAGAGCAGCGUCAGAGCUACAAGAAUGACUUCAAUGCGGAGUAUAGCGAGUAUCGGGGCCUCCAUGCGCGGAUAGAGGGCAUCACUAGACAAUUCACCGUGCUGGAUGCUGAACUCAAGCAACUCCAACAAGGCACAGAAAAGUAUAAGACAAUCCACAAUCAGAUACUUCAAGAGUAUCGCAAAAUAAAAAAGACUAACCCCAACUAUAGCCAAGAGAGGAACCGCUGUGAAUAUCUCCACAACAAACUGGCACAUAUAAAGAAACUUAUAGCAGAAUAUGAUCAGCAGCAACUUCAAAACUGGCACUAACCAUAUUGUGUUUACCCCCCCCUUUCUCAUCUGGAAACAAGACAAUGAGAGAGAAACUUUGGAUUUGUGGGAUUUUUUUUUUCUUUUGGCUUGCUCUAAAAUACAGUUGCUCUAAUGUAAAAUGCCACGAAAGGAGUAUUUUCCCUCAUGAUGAGGGCCAACUGCUCUAGUGAGGGCAAUACAGACUGAUAAAUUCUUUCCUUUUAUUUUUCUUUAUUUUUUUUUUUCCUUUUUUUUUUUUUUUUUGUGAGGGGAGGGUCUUUGGCAUGUUUCGCCAUGCCUGACGGUGUAGUUACACUGCAUUAUGGGAAAGCCCUGUGUGGCAUCAGUUCUCAGCUUCCCUCCCUCAAAGCACACUGAUCUCUCAAAGAACAGAAGAGGAGAAUCCACCUUUGGGAUCACUUUACCAGCCCUUUUCCUUGCUUGUUAAACAGGGACAAGCAACACUGAAACAGAUUUAGCAAAGCAGAUCAAGUUCUCUUACUUUUGUUUAUUGAAGAAAAAGAAAAGAUUUAAGUGAAUAUCAUCUGUUUCCCUAUAUAUUGAAUGGAAGGUACUUUAUAUUUUCUUUUUUUGUAUUUAUUCUUUUUUUUUUUUGUCUUCCCUGGGGAUAUACCUGAUCUAUUACUGUACACUCCUCAGUAUGAAAUUCCUUCCUUUUCAACUCUUUAAAAAAAAAAAAAAAAAAAUCAGUAUUUAUGCAAGCGCUGCCUUAGUUUUCAGGCGGUCCAUAGUACGCAGUCCAUUAAUUGAGUUUCUCUUUCUUAUGCAAAGAUCCCCCUCCAGCCAUCUCAAGCCAAGACCAUUUAGCCCUUUCUUACAUUGUGUGCAAUGUUCUACAGGUAUCUUAUGUGCAAUGGAUGUGGAUUAAAUGCCUAUAGUAGAGAGAGGGAUAUGUCUAUUCAAAGGCUUUGACAGCUUUAACUUCAUACUGGUGAACUAUGGUUGUGUUUAAGCACUCACUUUAUUGAACCUGCUAUGCUAUGAAAUGAAAAGUACCCAUGCGAAUGAGCCACCAUUCCCAGGAAUAAUCCACAAUGUUUUAACCUAAUUUCUGUCUGUUACAUCUUUAGCAUAUAGUCCAAAACCACAGACAACAAUUUCAAGGCAUUUUCUUAUACAGGAAACCUAUUGACUUGAAACAUAAUUAUAAUAGAAGUUAAUUGGCAGGUGAAGCAUCUGCCCAUUGGGCCUCUAUUGUAAGUGCUUUGAGUCAGGAGAUUCCUAAGAGUAAUGUGGUAAGCGACUGCAGAUGUUGCAGAAAGAGACUACACUGAAAAACCGUGGACUGUUCUUUUAAGAAUACUUAAGCUGGGCAGUGUCUGAGUCAGUCAGGUGUGAUAUUGAAUGGUAGGAAACUUCAGCAAGACUGAUUGAUUCUUCAGAUUUGUGGCCUGCCUUGUUUUAUGCAGUCACCUAGUAUUACUAAAUUUGUACAAAAGCAUCAGACCAACCUGGGUGGACUCAUGCUUUUGGAUCAAGUAUAAGAUGGUAUUCCUCUCUCAGUCAAGAUUGUAUCCCUUUAAAAGUACCUCGCUUGUGCACACAUGGGGAGGCCCACAGUGUGCUGUACUUCUAAUGAUACUGUAUUGUUGCUCAUUGCUACUGGAUCAAGCCUUUUAAGUUCAAUGGUAAUGUAGAGCUUACUUUAAACUGCUUUUUUUUUUUUUCUUGGGGGGAGGGUACAUUUUUACCUUUUCUACCGUAACGCACAACCCGCAGUCAUCUUGGUGACGUCGUAUUCGUCCUGUUCUGCAGCAUUUUGAGACGACUGUUAAACUGCAUUGAGGGAUCAGUGUCUCUGUCACCAUGAGUGUUUUUCACCACUUUCCAAUCGCAUCUACAUGGGAUACACUCAAAACUCACGUCAAGCCUUGGAUAGAGUGACUUUGAAAUGAUUGAUGUCUCGAGUGCUCUCUGCAACCAGUUCACCCGUCAUCCUGUCCGAGCUUUUGUUGUCCCUGAUAUUGACUUAUGUUUAAACAUUAAAAUCCAGCACUUUUUCACAGCCUGUUGCUGUUACUCUUACCUGGGUUUUGUUGCAAGAAGACAUUUGCCUUGUCCAUCUAAAGUGCAUGCUUUUGUGAAUGUGCUUCAAGGAAAAAGACCAGUAUUUGCACCAUGGUGUCAUACCACUGUUGAAGGGCAUUCAAAUCCAAACAAAGCCUGAUGAGACUAAAAUGCACACCAAUGCUUGAAGAUGGGAAAAAUACCCUUAGUUUUCCCAUCAGUGUGAGAAACAACUGUUCUUUGUGCUGGGUCCGUUUUUUUUUUUUGUUUUUUUUUGGUGGUUACAGUAUUUUCCUGCGAGCCACAUUUUAUCUUGACAGUACAGUGGGAGGGCUGUGUUAGCCAAGUAAGAAGCUCCCAGUAAGGCUGAGAGGUCUUCCUAUUUAGCCUUAUAUCUGAAACGGACCACAUUUCAAUGGGAGCUUAUCAGCACAAGCCAGCGGGGCUGUUUUUCAUUUUUCCUUUGGGUAUUUCAUAGUUCUAAUUGGUGCUAAAGCUCAUGGGCACAAUCAGCAAACCCAGUACUGUUGGUUGGGUCUCGCAUCAUUUUAGGACUCCACUCAAUCUUCAGUCUGUCUUAAUUAUAAUAUCGCUAUCAUUUCGCUUUAGUUAUGCUGUCAGCGUUGCAAAAUAAAUUGGCUUAAAAAGUAAAUGCAACCCCAGAGAAGAUGGCAUUUGUUGGGAUUUGGAGUCUGCUGUGCUAUUAGCGUGAGCUUCAAAUACACAAACACCGCAAUCUGGGGUGAAUGUGCCAAAUGACCUGUUGUAUAGGUUUGCAUAAGAUGAAAUAUGCUGCUGUUUUAGCAAAAGGGGAGGCUUUGGAAAAAAGUUUUGAUGUUAACGCUAAAACCCAAAGCGUGCUUUUUGAAACAAUAAGGGACUGGGACUGAAAUUUGUCUUAGUAUUUCAAUAAAAUUCUUGGAAAACUUUCA